GACAACUCAACCCGGGUAUAAGUCCACACGUACAUUUCACCGCAGACGAGUCCAAAUCAUAAGAGACCAUCGCUACGGUUCAGCAGUAGAAAUGGUCAUCUUCUUAACUAUACUGCUGGUUUGCGCGAGGACCGCCGAACUUGGUCACGUCCCGUCUGGUUUUGCGACCCCGGUGGACGACGGGACCGCUUUGCAGACGCCGUCUGUGCGCCGCGCCGGCGCGCCGCAGCGGGGAGAACCUGCUUUCUGGGGCACUUCGGAUGGGACCGCGAGGGUGAGAAAUGCCGAAAACAUCACGCAGAAAUCAGACACCAAACCGAGAAUCACCAGGGGAGCAGAGGAUGGAAGCUCCAAGAUCCGGGACAAACAUUCCCCCCACAACUACCGGCACCCCAGACCUUACGGCCCGGACAGUUACUUCACCACACCCAAGAGCGCACGGCAGACAGACAACGGACUGACGUACUCAGACACCAUGCAGCACUCUUUGGACAAACAGGGGACAGGGUCUUUCCAGAACCCCCUGUACCCGCUCACCGACAGCUCCUACGGGGCUUACGCUAUAAUGCUGCUGGCACUCAUCCUCUUUGCGAUGGGCAUCGUGGGGAAUCUCGCGCUCAUGUGCAUAGUGUGGCAUAACUAUUAUUUAAAGACCGCAUGGAACAGCAUCCUCGCCAGCCUGGCCUUCUCGGAUUUCCUGGUGCUGUUUUUCUGCCUGCCCGUGGUCAUCUUUAACGAGCUCACCACCAAACGGCUGUUGGGUAAUAUCACCUGCAUGAUAGUGCCCUAUAUGGAGGUGACCUCGUUGGGCGUGGCCACCUUCAGCCUGUGCGCUCUGAGCAUUGACCGCUUCCACAUUGCUGUUAGCCGCGGGCCGCUCCAGAUACCUCAGGUGGAGCCUUGCCAGUCCAUCUUUUCCAAGCUCUCGGUCAUCUGGGUAGGCUCCAUGGUCUUGGCCGCCCCUGAACUUCUCCUCUGGAAGCACACGCAGGUUGCUGUCAGCAGCUUGACGGUAACUCAAAACAGCAGCCUGCCAGCAGAACAAAUAGGCACGCAGGAAAUCCAACCAGGAAACACACCCAGGACCAGCAUAAGCGCUCAGACGGGUUCCUUGUUGGUGGAUAUGUGUGUGCGGCAACCCUCUAUGGAUCUUCACGAGAUGGUAUAUUCCCUGAUGCUUACCUACCACGAGGCCCGCACGUGGUGGUAUUUUGGCUGCUACUUUUGUCUGCCACUGCUUUUCACAUUGGCCUGCAACUUAAUGACCAGGCAUGUUGUGGCGCCACAUUCCCCACAGAAACAAAAUGGUGGCAAGGCAACGGGUGGACACACAUCCUCGUCCACCUCAAUGAAGAGGCAGCACGCGAAGCGGGAGCACAGGCUGAGUUCAACUGUUAUGGCACUGGCAAUUAUUUACGCCAUGUGCAAUCUGCCAGAGAACGCCUGUAACAUCACCACGGCAUAUGUUUCUGUCUCCAUGGCGACCAGCGCUCUCCUGGUUCUGAUUGGUCAGUUUCUACUGUUCAUUCGCUGCGCGGUGACGCCAGUGUUGCUGCUCUGCCAGUGCCGUUCUCUGGGCCAGGCCUUUAUCGACUGCUGCUGCUGCUGCUGCGAGGAGUGUCUGCCGGACGGCGCCUCCUCCUCGUCCUCCUUCGUCUCCACCACGACCACCGCCGCCUCCACCUCCCCAUCCUCUCUCUCCUGUCCCACGUCCCACUCACCGUCCUCCGCCUCCCCGUCUUCCUCCAAGGAGGAGAAGGUGAAGAUUGUCUCCGGGACAAUGUCAGCAGCUCUCUGUGACAGGCCCAAAGUCAGUUCCUCGAUGGCGGCCAUUGGUACGCCAUGUUGAGGCGCUUAUCUGCCUCCUUUUCCUUCUUCAGCCACGUGCCACCAUGGCAACAAAGGCAGUGACCUUUUUACAAAUCUCAGUCUGUAAGAGACAAAAACGAACUGACUUCUGAAAUUCUGGAAGAAGCAAAACAAACAAACAAACAAACAAAACAAACCUAGAGACAACUUGUGAAGUUUUCUGGCUACAGACUGAAAAACUGUUAUUUGUGAUUUUUUUCCCCCUC